AUGGAUUUUGUUAAAGAUUUAGACAACAGGCUUCUUUUCGCAAUUCCUAAGAAGGGACGUCUCUACGAGCAAUGUUUACAACUGUUGAAUGGUUCUGAUAUUCAUUUCAACCGUCGUUCGCGACAAGAUAUUGCUCUCAGUACCAACUUACCCGUUGCACUCAUCUUUUUACCGGCUGCUGACAUUCCAAAAUAUGUAGCAGAAGGUAAUGUCGAUUUGGGCAUUUCAGGCCAAGACAUGAUUGUCGAAAAUGAAGUUGAAGAUAAGAUCAAUCAAGUGAUGGAAUUGGGAAUUGGCGCGUGCCGUUUAUGUUUGCAAGUGCCCAUGCAGAGUGGCUUUAAAAGUUUAGAAGAAUUAGCAGGCAAACGUAUCGUUACAAGUUUUGACGGAUUUGCCAAAAAAGUGUUUGAACCUAUCGAUAAAAAGUUGGGCACGAAGACUGUCAUCAAUUAUGUAUCCGGUUCAGUAGAAGCUGCUUGUGCUCUAGGUCUUGCUGACGGUAUCAUUGACUUGGUUGAAUCAGGUGAAACAAUGCGUGCAGCUGGUCUUCACGAUAUUCAUACCCUUUUAAAGACCCAAUUUGUUCUUAUGGCCAACAAAAACUCCAAACAUCAAUCUUUGAUUGAAAAGCUCACAUCACGUAUACGUGGUGUUAUUACCGCCGACAAAUAUGUCUUGUGCACUUACAACGUGGAACGCAGUAACUUGCCGAAGGCCGUAAAAAUUACACCCGGUCGUCAAGGACCUACUGUGUCAACUCUGGACUCUCACGAAGGUUGGGUAGCUGUAUCUGCUAUGAUUGAAAAGAAACAGAAGGGCGAAAUUAUGGAUAAAUUAACUGAAGUCGGUGCUACAGAUAUCUUGGUAAUGGCAUUUACCAAUUGUAGAGUCUAA